AGCAGCGCAGCGCCGUCUGAACGACGAGCGACCGACCAGCAGAGGAAAACAAAUAAACCGGAGGGCUCCGCUGAGAUCUGACGCUCUGCACAUCUUAACAAGACUUACUUCACAUUUUUCCAACCGACUCAUAUAAGGAUGUCUCUGUAUCCAUCACUCGAGGACCUCAAGGUCGACAAGGUGAUCAAGGCCCAGGCCCAGUUCGCCCAGACCACCACCCCCAUGCCUGCCAUCACUGAGGGAACCUACCAGCCUCAGCUUGCCACUGCUGGGAUGCCUGGGUCAAGCCUGUACCCAAAUCUGGAGGAGCUGGGGGAGUACAUGGGCCUGAGCCUCAAUAGUGAUGAAGUCCAGAGGAACCUGGCUUUGGUGCCUGUGGCUGACAAUCAAGUCGCGGUUCCCUCCCUCUCAGGCGUCGGCGGGAUGGUGCGGCCGGUGACGGGGGCGGACGUCGGCAUCAGGAGGGCGGAGAUCCGUCCGGGCCUGAGGGAGAUCAUCCUCUGCAAGGACCAGGACAGGAAGGUCGGACUGAGGCUCAGGUCCAUCGACAACGGAGUGUUUAUCCAGCUGGUGCAGGCUAACUCCCCCGCGGCCUUGGCCGGCCUGCGCUUCGGGGACCAGGUCCUUCAGAUCAACGGGCAGAACUGCGCCGGCUGGAACGUAGACAAGGCCCACAAGGCCCUGAAGGCUGCGGCCGAGACCCGCAUCGAGCUGGUGGUCAGAGACAGGCCUUUCCAGCGCACCGUCACCAUGCACAAAGACAGCUCCGGCCACGUGGGCUUCAUCUACAAGAAUGGCAAAAUCACCUCGCUGGUCAAGGAUGGCUCGGCCGCCCGCAACGGUUUACUGACUGAGCACUACAUCUGUGAAAUCAACGGACAGAACAUUAUCGGACUUAAGGACUCUCAGAUCAAGGAUAUUCUGUCCACGUCCCCAACCGCCAUGACCAUCACCAUCAUGCCCAAGUUCAUCUACGAGCACAUGAUUAAGAGGAUGUCCACCGGUCUCCUGCGGUCAGCUAUGGAUCACUCCGUCCCAGAGGUGUGAAGACGGGAAGAAAGAAGAGUGUAAACUGUCAGGAUGUCUACAAUAUACAGAGAUAUCUCUCUUUUUCUUACUGCUCUUUGUCUCUCUCUCUAUCUCUCUCUCUCUCUUUCUGUCUUCAUAUCAAACCACCUCCUGCAUUACAAUCAUCACCAUUACUCAUCAUAACCUCGAGAUGCCUUUUUUUCAAACGUUUCAGUUAUUUCCUUUUCUACAUCUUCUCCUCCGUCUCUGUUGAUACGUCUAAUCCUUUUUAUAUGUUAACCUUGUAGUCUUACGUAUUACAUGUGCUUUUUUUUCUCUUCUUCUUCUUGUUUUGUAUUUGAGAUCAAGGACAGUACAAAAUGUUAGUUUUUUUUUAAAGCCAUGCACAUGAUCAUGAGUCCAGAGCUUCCUCCUCAUUGUGGAGAGAUAAAUCAUUGGCAAGUGACAUUUCACCUUGUCCAAAAAAAAAGAAAAAAAAAAAGAUAAUGCUGUAAAAGGCGACGUUCAGCCAUCAGAGCCCUACCAUGUAGAUCACGGCUGCACUCUCGCUCCCUGCACUUGACCUCCUAAUGUGCAUACGUCAAUAAACUGAACUGAAUUAACACCAUAAGUAAAAUAGUCAGCUGAUUUUGCUCUAGAUUCGUUUACUCGGCCAGUAAAACUAAUUUUUUUUAGCAGUUUUUAGUUCAUUAGCGAGAACAUUUUUUUGACAUUUGAGUUUAGCUUGUUUUUUUCUUUAUUCUAACUUAAUUCGGUGCUCACGGUGAGAUUUAGCAACAUUAACAAGCUUCCACCUCCUCCAAGAGAAGGCGAUGUUAUCACUGCGCCACAUUCCCCGUGUGCAAGCAGGAGUCACCAUGGGACUGAUUGUGUUUUUUUGAAGGUACUGGGAGCAAAAUGUGUGCACAUUCCAGGGGAGAGUGGAGGGGGAAAAAGAGGGGCAGCGGUUUGUUGUCCUAUGCAGCUGGGGGACUCGACCCUGUCCGCAAACACUACGACAGCUACGAGACAAGAGAAAAAAGGCACAAGCCAGCUGUUAUUAUCCAUCAUCAGGAAAGCCAGGUUGUAGUUUGAGGGAUUUUGUCGGUAUCUGAUUGGACAGGGUCUGUGCUGGGUUGACCCACUAAGUGCACUUUCCACUACCUUUUUUUAAAGAGGUUGUCUUUCCUGCAUCCAUUUCAGCAGUUGUGCUUUGUUGUUUUUGAAUGAUUAUUACUGUGUUUGUAAUGCCUCAUGUCAACGAAAGAACUCUUCUAUAUGUCGUACGUUUAAAAUAUAGAAAAGCUGCUUAAAUUUGAUGCUGAAAAUCAUCUGCUCAAAUUGAAGCCAAUAAAUUCCACAACAUGGGUUUCACAGACCGAACUGGCUGUCCUCUGCUAGGUGUGCCGGAGGACCCUCCCUCUGUAUUAUUCCUUCCUAAAAGAAACUGAUGAGCGCAGUAAGACUGAGCAAGCGGCUCACAGUUGUGAAUUUCUACUUGUUAUAUAAAAAAAGUUGCUCCUUUUAAUGCUGUUCAUGUUUGAAUGCAUGUAUUCCUUUUAAAUUUCUAGGUAUGCAAUCUGAUAAAAACCAUCCUCAUUCUGUAAAAAAAAAAAAGUGCUAGAAAAAAUCUUAAAGUUUAUAUACGAAUGUAACCAAGAUAAUAUUGUAAAACAAAUAAACAGUCUUUCUGUUCACGUUAGCUUGGUGGGAUUUGUUUUGAUUGGAGGGAAAGUACGACAAGAAAUUGUUAAAAAGUCACGAAAUAAAACAAAACCAAUCUGGAAACAAGAAUAAGACAAACACACACACAUGAAGACAACAGGAAGGUUUCCUCCAUGCUGUUUAAUAUAGGGGCUUUUGGUCUUUCUUUAUACAGUGUGGUGGGAGUGUGAAUGGAGAAGUAGCCUACUGAUGUCUUUAACUGUACACACUACUAUUGCCAU